AUGCCUUCUCGCACCGACUCACCUCUUCAAAUCGCCAUUAUCGGCGCAGGCCUCGGUGGUCUUGGCGCGGCUGUCGCCCUACGCCGUCAAGGCCAUGCUGUCACGGUUUAUGAAAGAUACGAUUUUGCCGGUGAAGUGGGCGCAUCACUAAGUGCGGCAUCAAACGGGUCUCGCUUUUUGGAGGAAUGGGGUGUGGAUGUGAAGGGAGCCAAGCCGGUCAUUCUCAAACAACUCAUCAUGCACAACUGGAGCGAUGGUGAUGUGCAGAGUACAUAUCCGCUUGGCGAUUACAAGUCCAAAUUCGGGACAGACUAUAACAAUUUCCAUCGCAUUGACAUCCACAAAGAACUGUUGAAGUCAGCAUUUGAGGCACCCGGAGAGGGUCCAAAGUGUGAAUUGAAAGUGAAUUUCAAAGCAAUCGAGGUCAAUACAGAGGAAGGUGUGGUGCGCUUCGAAAAUGGGGCUGAAGCAUCGGCCGAUAUUAUUGUAGCCGCAGAUGGCAUCCGGUCCCUUACCCGAAACAUGAUUGGAAUCACUCCAGACUUCGAAAUGUCAACUUCUUGCUGUUAUCGAUGCAUAAUUGGGGCUGACAAGCUUCGGUCGCUUGGCUUGGAAGAUUAUAUCUCCAAUGAGGCAAUCGAGUAUUGGGGAGGAUUCGGUAUCAACAAGAUUGUCAUGUCUCCUUGCAGCAACGGUGAAGUAGUGAGCUGUUACUGCUUCUAUCCUGCAUCGCACAACAAUGUGCGCGACGAUGGGUGGAAUAUCAGCGCUACACCGCAGCAAUUGGUGGAUACAUUCCCGGAUCUGGACCCUAGGAUGAAGACUUUAAUGUUGAAUGCUGAGGACAUCAAGAUGUGGCGACUGUACAAGCAUCAGCCUUAUCCGUAUUGGGUCAAAGGCAAGGUUUGCUUGUUAGGUGAUGCUGCCCACCCUAUGAUGCCCGAUCAGUCACAGGGAUCUUGCAUGGCAUUCGAAGAUGCAGGCGCAUUAGGCCUCGUGUUCAACAAGAAUUUCCGUGAAGAAUACGGAAUUAUUGAAGGAUUGAAGCUUUAUGAAAAGCUGCGGCGGGGGCGCGCUACUCGCGUGCAAGAGGCGAGUUUCAGAGCUCGCGAGAACCUCAGCGAGAGAAUUGGGUGGAGCUCCUCUACGGAUCGGCCAGGAAAGCUCACCAUUGAGGAGGUGUGUGGUUAUAACAUGAAGGACCAUCUGGCUGAGUUGGUCGCUGAGGUAAAGGGUGCUCGGGUCUGA